UCAGAACUCUGCAUUUCCCCCAAUUCUAUUUUUGAAUUUUUGAAUCCCUUUACCCAUCAUUACUCUCUCUCCCUCCCUCUGUGUUGCAAAAGAAGCAACGGAAAAGCUAAAAAAGAAAAGUAUCAUUUCGCCAUUAAUGCUCCUUUGCUUACAUGACACCCAUGCCUUUUUCCAACCCACCACGUAGAAGGAAAAAGGAAACUGAAAAAUCAAAGAAAACUGUCUUCCCAAGUAAAGAUCGCAAUGGAAUGAUUUUCAAUUUGGUUCGCCAUUAAUGAUUUCUUGCUUCCACACUACACCUCUGUCAACCCCCGAAUCCACAUUACAUGGUUCAUAGUACACACCCCAUACCCCUUUCCUUAAAACCCACCAUCGCCUCCUCUGUUUCUUCCUUUAAACCCGCAACCGUAACCCAUUCUGAGCUUAAAUGUCUAAGAACCCAUCUCAGUUCGACGCAGGCAUGCCCCCGUAUUCGGAUGUUUUCGGUAAAUUCAAGCGAUUGAGAUUUUUCGAGCCUUCACUGGGGAUACUGGGUUUCUCCUUUGUUACAGUUUGCGUGAUCUACUCUUUCUUUUACUUGGACUACAGAGACGCUGCUAGGGGGAUUCGCUUGUCCACCCAGUCAGAGAAGUUUACGUGGUUGAAACUAGAUGGGUUCGUCGAGAAUCGAAGGUUUGAGUUUCUGGGAGAAGAGGGCAACGGGUGUGAUGUGUUUCAAGGGGAUUGGGUAUGGGAUGAGACCUAUCCGUUGUACCGGUCCAAUGAUUGCCGUUUUCUGGAUGCUGGGUUUCGCUGUUCGGAGAAUGGGCGUCCUGAUUUUUUCUACACCAAGUGGCGUUGGCAGCCCAGAGACUGCAACUUGCCCAGGUUUAACGCAAGUUUAAUGUUGGAGAAGCUGCGAAACAAACGGCUAGUGUUUGUUGGUGACUCAAUUGGAAGAAACCAAUGGGAGUCACUACUCUGCAUGCUUUCAUCUGUAAUUCCUAAUAAGGAUUCAAUCUACGAAGUGAAUGGAAGCCCGAUUUCAAAGCACAAGGGUUUCUUAGUUUUCAAGUUUAGGGAUUAUAACUGCACUGUGGAGUACUACAGGGCCCCAUUUCUAGUGCUACAGAGCCGGCCACCUGCUGGAUCUCCUCAGAAGGUAAAGACAACCCUGAAAUUGGAUAAAAUGGAUUGGACCUCUGGGAAGUGGAGAGAUGCAGAUGUUAUUGUGUUCAACACAGGGCAUUGGUGGAACUAUGAGAAAACCAUUAGAGGGGGUUGUUAUUUUCAAGAAGGGAAUGCUGUAAAGAUGGACAUGAAAGUAGAAAAUGCAUACAAGAGGUCUAUAGAGACUGUGGUAGAAUGGAUACACAGCAAAAUAAAUGCCAGCAAGACCCAGGUCUUCUUACGAACAUUUGCUCCUGUACAUUUCAGUUUCUUUCAAGUUCUCAUAGAAAGCUAUUCGACAAAUUGUUGCAUAGCAUGUUUUAUGGCACUUUCCGGGUCUUCAUAUCUUCAUCCUUGUUACACUGCAAAUUUGUUCUGUACAUGCGCGUUGCUUCUUUGCCCUCAACUCCCAAAGGUGGUACUUGGAAAACUGGGGGACACUGUCACCUGGAAACACUACCAGAGCUGGGUUCUUCAUUGGUACCAUCCCAUUCCUGGGCUGGAUUCCACACGCUGCUAGAUGUAUUAUCAUCAGCUCGGUCGAACACGUUGGAAGGAACAGAAAUAACUUUGUUGAACAUAACAAAUAUGAGUUCUCGAAGGAAGGAUGGGCAUUCAUCUCUGUACUAUCUUGGUCAAAAAGUGGGCCGUCCGGCUAUACAUAGGCAGGACUGCAGCCACUGGUGUCUGCCUGGAGUCCCAGAUUCAUGGAAUGAACUACUCUAUGCCUUGUUCCUAAAGCGAGAGGGCAGUACUCAUGCAUUCAAUUCAUCAUCUGGUUAGCCACCGUGAUUGGUGAAGAGAGCCUCCUAUUAUUUAUCCAUUGUAAAAAAUUAGGAAUUCGUUCAUGGGAUUGACUCAAAAUUUAUCAAGAAGAAAAAAAUAACAAGAAAUUUUUUGGGGUCCCAUAGAAAGGUUCGAAGCAAGUCAAAUUUUGGCAUUGUUCAAUCAGAUUAUGAAGGAACCCUAAUGAGUUAUAUGUGACCAAUGGAAGUCUAAUUUUAGGGGCAGGUGAGUGGGAAGGGACUCUUGGAGUAAACUGUAGAAAAACAUUCAGGCAGGUAGUGUGUUGUGAUUAUUUGAGGUGAUUUGAUUCAUUGGGAUGUAAUUAGCAUUUUUUUUUUUGUUUUCUUUCAAUAUCUUGUACGAGUCUGGACAUUUUUUUAAAGAAUUUUCUUGUCAAUCAAA